AUGCUACGCGAAGAUACAGUAACCCAGUUAUCCGAUGGGAGAUUCGAACAGAAAAUUCAAGUCGAUCGACGUAAAUUGGAGUCAAUGAUAACAGGUCGAGUCGACAAUACAACUCAUCAACUUCCCACAGCCGAAUCAUUCUUUGCCAAUGUUAUGGCUUAUUCGAACUCUGAAGUUAUUUGGCCGUCACAACUCAAAAUCGGAGCUAAAACGAAGAAGGAUCCAUAUGUGAAAGUGAUUGGAACCAUUGAGCAGAUAGAGUCAGCUAGAACACUUAUUUUGAAUAGUUUGCAGAUAAAAGUGAGUAAAUUUCUCCAAAAAUAUUAG